AUGGCUAAGCAUAUUAAUGAUAGUUUCAGCGAUGAAGAAAUAUUUUUUGGAAAUCUUUCCUUGAAGGAAAUUAAAAAACAUGUAACGAUGGGUAGAUAUCGGUACAAUGCAAUAGAUAACAAUACAAAUAAGGAUGAAAGACAUGUUGACAGCAGUUUGAAAAUAAUUAAAACUCGUUCUGAACCUGAUCCUAAUCCAGGAGUUUCUCUGAACGUUUCUGAUCCCAAUUCGAGUUUAUCAAGUGAAGAAAAUGGAUUUUCAAGUUGGAGUAUAAAUUCAAUCAAUGAUAGUUUUUUGGAAAUGGAAAAAAUGGUUUCAGAACUUCAGAAACUACCUAACAGUGAUAAAGAGAAAUUAGAUAAUACAUUGGAAGUUGUUAAAUAUAUAUUAAAUAAUCAUCCAAUUCAUGAAGAAGGAUGUAAACCUCCCAAUAAAACUGAAGAUUCAAAAGAUAAUGAUAAUGAAAAAACUGCAUUGGAAGUUAAAGUUAUUGAUACCGAGCCUAUUAAUGUACCGGUGUCCAUAAAAGAUGUGGUAAAGUUAGAAGAGGUCAAAUAUUCUUUAAACACAGAACUUUUUACUCCAAUAAAAAAAAAAGGUGGAGUAAGUGAUUGUAAUUCUGGUCCCAGUUUAGGUACAUUUUCUAUGAAAACAAUUGAUAAUCCAAUUAAAACUGACAAUAUUACUACCCCUUUUUGUGGUGAUACAAAACAAGUAGCUCUAGUAUUUAAGACACCCAAAAGUCACAUAUCACAAAAGAAACAAUUUUUAACUACUAAGAUGACACCAAGUAAAUUAAAUUCAUAUCAACACAUAAUAAGUCCAGUUGCUGCAUAUAUUAAGAGUUCUCCACAAGUCCCAUUGCUUAAAGUUGUCAGACCUAGAAAACCUUUACCAGGAAUCUCAUCAAUUCCCAAGCUACUGAAAACUACAGAAAAAACAUCAGACAAGGAGAAUAUAAAUUUACCAUCAGUUGCAUACAAGAGUGCUCAAAGAAUGAAAGUGAUAAAGGUACCUAAUGAGGAGAAGUUACCGGGAAAUCAAUGGGCCAAGAAACUAUCUCCAUCUCUAUCUAAGCCAAUUGUGAUAAAACAUGAUCAUAGAGAGAAUAAUGUAUCCAAAACAAUUAAAGAGCCUAACUCUGAAGAUAGUUUUUCCAACCUUACUUUACAUCAGGCGGAAGUGUCAAUUUGUACCCAGAAGUCUGCAUUCAGCACUUUAAAGAAAAGGCAUAUGUAA